AUGCAUCAGCCGAUUGAUGAUGGGGCGAGGACUUUCACUGGAUGGUUGGGUACAAUUGCGCAGAAACCCCACAUGUGCCCAAUUAGAUAUCUUAGUUGGAAGGCCAUGCCAAAAGAACUUAAAAAAGAGUGUUGGCAUCUUGUUGAGCGAAAGUACACUGUGCCUUCUAAUCUUAUUGCAUAUGCGGUUCUGAAGACAUUUACCUUACAAAAAAUUGGGAAGGCUUGGAGGGACCAUAAGUUAUGGCUGAAAAAUAAGCAUUACAUACCAAAUUCAAGAAACGAAGCACAGAUAGAAUCAGAGAAGAAUAAGGAGCGUCAUUCUAGACAGGAUGACUUACACUCUGCUGGUUCUUGUAGCUUUGCUGUGCAUGCCGCAAAAAAGGCAAAAGUGGAUGGACAUCCUGUAGAGCGUGUUGCAUUAUAUCCAAUAGUGCAUACUCAAAAGAAUGGAUCUGCAGUUAAUCCUGCGGUGCAAGCAAAAAUGGACAAAAUGAAAGAAUUGUUCGCUGACCCUUCCAAUCAACUACAAUCAUCUAACACGUCUGGUAGUAUUGCAUGGUCAAGUGAUGAUGUGUAUGCCAAAGUGAGGGUUGGUUGCAAUAUGGAAAUGGGCAUGGAGUUGGGCUAUAGUGAAACAGUGGAUGAUCACUUGUUAUUCAAUUAUGCUAUUACUUUGAUUGAAGUAAUAUUGGUCAUUGGCUUGUCAUAG